AACACACAGUAUGGCAUCAUUCUGAUUAUCUCACCAACCCAUGACACAUUUAUCAACUCCUUCCACUCUUCACAAGCUCCCCACUCACCCCCUCUCUUCACUCACCAAAAAACUGCCAAAUUCCCCUAUUCCCUAUAUUUCACCUUUUUUUUUGUUUUCAUAAAAAAAUUUGGAGCCUUUUUAUCACCCUUUCAACAAAAAGACAAAAAAUUCUUAAAAUUUACUUGUUUUCUCAGUUGCUUUUUGCUUGUAUCAGACUGGUAUAUUCUUGAAAACAACCAAAUAUUCAGAGGGUACCAGAUUCUGUUAAUGUGGUAAAAGUGAAAAAGAAUUGAUUUUUCUUCAAGGGUUUUCCUUCCACCUUGUUAAUUCAAAGAUGGGGUUUGCUUUAAUAGGUUCCAUCUUCAUUCUAACACUUUUCUUGAAGUCAAACCUUGGUCAACAACAAGAACAAUCCAUACCCAACUCAGAUGAGUUCUUCAUCUCUCAAUUCUUUGAAAAAAUGGGCAUGAAUUCUUCAAAAAGUCACCAUCUUUACAAUCUUUCUACCCCUCUUUGUUCAUGGCAAGUUGUGGUUUGUGAUUCUAAACAACAAAGUGUCAUUGGUCUUGUUGCUCCUAGUUUAAACCUCACUGGACCCAUCCCUGAUAACACCAUUGGCAAGCUUAAAAAGCUUCAGUUUCUUGAUCUAAACAGCAAUCACAUCACUGGUUUUUCAUCAGAUUUUUGGAGUUUAGUGUCACUAAAAUCCCUAAACCUUUCAAAAAACAAUUUUUCAGAUAUUAUUCCAACCAACAUUGGUAACUUUGGGUCACUUGAAAAACUUGAUCUUUCUUUCAACAAUUUCAAUGGGAGUCUUCCUAAAGAUUUUGCCACUGCAUUUCCCAGCCUAAAAAGAUUGAAUCUUGCUGGAAAUUUAGUCAAUGGAAGGGGUUUUGACUUUUCAAAAAUGGUUUCUUUGACUUACUUAAAUGUUUCCAAGAAUCUUUUCAAGGGUUCUGUUGUUGAAAUCUUUCAGGGUCCAUUGGAGAUAAUUGAUUUGAGUAGUAAUCAUUUUGAGGGUCAUAUUUCUCAGGUGAAUUUCAAUAAAUCUUUUAAUUGGUCACGUUUGACUUAUUUGGAUUUAUCUGAUAACAAGAUUAGUGGAAUGUUUUUUGGUAAUUUAACUAAAGCCCAUAAUCUUAAACACCUUAAUCUUGCAAAAAACAGAUUUUCCAAACAAAGUUUCAUCCACAUUGAUGAACUGCAUAGUUUGGAGUACCUUAACUUGUCAAAAACAAACAUCAUUGGUCAAAUUGGUGGUCAAACUGGUAGUCAAAUUUCAAAGUUGACCCAUUUGAAAACACUUGAUCUGUCAAACAACCAUCUUGCUGGAAAGAUCCCAUCUUUGACCUUCAAAACACUCAAAAAUCUUGAUCUUUCAAACAACAAUUUAACAGGAGAGAUACCCUUAACACUCUUGCAAAAGCUCCCAUACAUGGAAAGAUUCAACUUCUCUUACAAUAAUCUCACCCUUUGUGAUUCCGAUAUUACACUCGAAACGCUUCGCUCUGCAUUCAUCGGGUCGACGAACAGCUGCCCGAUCGCUGCAAACCCGACACUUUUCAAGAAAAAAGUGCAUAAACAUAGAGGACUCAAGCUUGGUUUGGGUUUAGGGAUUAGUUUAAUCUGUUUUCUUAUAUGUUUACUACUUUUCGCAUUUGGGUAUGGAACAAGAACCAUAAUGUGGGAUGUUAAAGAGUCUUGGAGAGAAGAAAACAUCAUUUCGGGCCCGUUUUCGUUCAAAACGGAUUCAACGACUUGGGUGGCAGAUGUAAAGGUUGCAUCUUUAGUCCCUGUAGUGAUCUUUGAGAAACCGUUGUUGAAUUUCACCUUCUCGGAUCUGUUAUCAGCGACUUCAAAGUUCAGUCAAGACACCCUUUUGGCUGAAGGGCGGUUCGGGCCUGUUUAUCACGGGUUUUUGGGAGGUGCGGUUCAUGUAGCGAUUAAGGUUUUAGUGCAUGGUUCCACCAUGACUGAUCAAGAGGCUGCGAAUGAGCUCGAGUAUCUUGGUCGGAUCAAACACCCGAAUCUUGUUCCUUUAAUGGGUUACUGUUUGGCGGGUGAACAAAGGAUCAUGAUUUAUGAUUAUAUGGAAAAUGGGAAUUUGCAUAAUUUGUUGUAUGAUCUUCCUCUUGGAGUUCAUGUGAGUGAAGAUUGGAGUACCGACACGUGGGAAGAUCAAGAAACUAAUGAAAAUGGUAUUCGAAACGUGGGGCCCGAAGCUUCGUUGAUGACAUGGCGGUUUAGGCACAAGAUCGGGCUUGGUACGGCCCGUGCAUUGGCGUUUCUACACCACGGGUGUUCACCGCCGAUUGUUCAUAGAGAUGUGAAAGCGAGUAGUGUUUAUCUUGAUUACAAUCUUGAACCAAGAUUGUCCGAUUUUGGCUUAUCGAAAAUCUUUGGAAAUGGUGUAAGUGAUGACUUGACUAAUGGGUCAGCUGGUGACGUCAUGCCAGGUGGCGUAGUGACGCCAAAAUCUGACGUUUAUGGAUUCGGGGUGGUGCUUCUUGAGCUGAUUACGGGUAAAAAGCCCGUUGGUGACGAGUAUCCAAAUGACGAAAACCAGAAAGUACAAGAUUUGGUUAGUUGGGUUAGAGGGCUCGUGCGGUUGAACCGCGGGUCAAAAGCCAUUGAUCCUAAGAUUCGAGCCACAGGCGAUGAAGGUGAAAUGGUGGAAGGUUUGAAAAUUGGGUAUCUAUGCACGGCUGAUGAUCCGUUGAAGCGGCCAAGUAUGCAACAAAUGGUUGGGCUUCUCAAGGAUAUUGAACCGGUUCGAGACCAUUAAGAAAGUUAGGAUCUUGAAAAGUUUGUAACAAGAUAUCUUUAGAAGGUGAAACAAAGAUUUGAUGGUGAUUUUUUAGAGUGAAAUCUUUUGAAGUGAGUUGUUUCUGUUUUGUAUUUAUCUAGUCUAGAAGAUAAUAUUGUGGUUUAA